AUGGCAUUCUAUUAUGAACACCCCAAGGCAGAAAUCCCUCAUGGAUUUAGUCAGUACCGAAAGCUUUAUGUUCUUCACCACGCCUUGAACUUUGGGUUUGGUCUGGCAAAAGCUUUGGAAAAAUUAGGUAUCACCUCAGAGGUCUAUGUCCUCAGGGUUUUAAUGGAUGCAAUACCACCAUUAAAAGAUAAAUAUCUUUUUAUCGAGGACUUAAGGUUUGAAAAGGUUAAAGUAAGAAUUUACCAGCCAAAAAUAUCAACCACUGGCCAAAGAAGAGGAAUCCUUUACUUUCAUGGAGGAGUUGGAAUGUUUGGAAGCAUUCGGGCCUAUGAAAGAACAUGCCGCUAUUUCGCUAGAAAAAGCAAUUCAGUGGUUGUGUCUGUUGGGUAUCGCUUAGCUCCUGAAUAUCCAUAUCCAACCCAGUUUGAGGAUUGUCUCACUGCCACCAUACACUUUAUGAGGACUGCACAAGAUUAUGGAGUAGAUCCUUCUCGCAUUGUCAUCUGUGGAGAUAGCAGUGGAGGUACAAUCACUGCUGCUGUUGCCCAAACGUUGGCGAACAGAAGAGACCUCCCAAAGCUGAGGGCACAAAUCCUAAUAUAUCCUUUUCUCCAGAGUGUGGACUUCAAUUUGCCUUCUUAUCAGCAGAAUAAAGGAGUCCCCAUUUUGUUAAAGGAACGAACCAUUGCUCUUGGUUUGAAGUAUCUUAAUAAAGACUUGUCAGUCAUGGAAUCACUAUCUAAAGUGUCUUAUAUUCCAGAAGAUUUGCAACUGAAGUAUCAGAAAUGGGUGAGUCCUGAUUACAUCCCCCAUGAAUUUAAAUCAAGAGGCUACAAACCAAGUACAACAUGUCAAUUCUCAAAAGGACUCUAUGAACAGAUGAAGACUGUGUGUGACCCUGUUUUUUCUCCACUGCUAGCUGAAGACAGUGUUAUUGCUCAACUUCCCGAGACUUUCAUUUUGACCUGUGAAUUUGAUGUGCUUAGAGAUGAUGGACUGCUGUACAAGAAACGAUUAGAGGAUCACGGCAUAAAAGUGACCUGGUGCCAUCUGCAAGAGGGAUUCCAUGGAACAGUGUUCUUUACUUUUUGGGGCGGGAUGGUAGCAUUCCGAUCUGGGCAUAAAGGCCUGCAAAAGAUAGUAAAUUUUCUAAGAUUGAUGUAA